UGUUAAUCAAUGGGAUCUAUGCUCACAGAAAAUAAAGAUACAAACUGAAAUAUUAAAAGGUGAAAGAAUGAACUUAUUGAUUUUCAUCCGUUGGUGUUCUGUUGAUUUCGAAAGCUUCAUUCUCUUCAUUACUAACUGAUAAGCUGACAAAAUUAUCAAAGCCGUCAUCAUUAUUAAAGUAUGAAUUACACGAGCGCAUAGCCAACCCUUAUUUUGUUGACCAUGAAAUCAACCAAUGAGAUUAGUAUGGGAUAGACUGACAGAAAUAAAUUUGCUAAUCGGUUAACGAAUUCUGGGGAAAAGGUGGUUUUUCAUCCUAUCACAUCUUUUAGUGUAUAUAUUUGACUAUAAUUAGUGUGUGCUUGCAUGAUAUAUAUAUACGUAUAUAUAUGCAUAGAUGUACAUUAAUUUUCAUUAUUCUCAAAAUUAUCAAAUUUUAAUAAUUCAGAUGACACAAAAUACUGCCUUUUUUAUUUAAUAAAUGAAAUAACGUUUGUUGAUUAACAAAAGGUGAUAUUACCGUCCAGUGGUGGAUGCUAUGGAACAGUUAUGCUAUUGUAUUCGAUGAUAAUAAUAAUAAUAAACAAAACAAGAUUUCAGCAUUUGAGUUGCCUUCAGAAGUAGUGAACUGAGGAAACUUUCUGGUGAUUUAUGUCUUCAACAGGCAAUACCUCUUGUCAUACACCAUUGUACAAAGAACCAUCAAAUUCAGACACACAGGUGGACGCUGCAUACAGGCAAUACGAGACUGAUUUAAGUCCAUCUACACUUGAUAAUAUCAAUAAAACUGCAUCAUCAGAGUCAUAUCAACAAGAAUCAAGUCAAACAACCAAUGAACGUGAUUUAAAUUAUGAUGAUGUAUUAACUCUACAUGUUCCAGACUUUAACGAAAAUUUAUGGCAGAAAAAGCAUUCUCGAAGUUUCUUUAAAUAUCAUUCAUGUCACUGUUUGGAUUACAUAACGCGAAAAAUACGCGUCAAUAAAUCGCAAAGGAAACAAGAAGAUAUGACGAAGAAAAAAACUGGCCCUAUGUCAAAUCGUAUUCAUAAUGGUAAUCAUUUAAAUUCAUUGUAUGAAAAUGAAGUGGACAUGAUGAUGACAACCGACGAGAAAAAAAGAGGUAAAGAACCACAGACAUCUGAGACGAAUAAUGAAACAUUAGCUGAUUCAGAAGAUGUAGACAAAACAGAGGAAAAUAGUAUGCGUUGGACAACAAAUUUUCUGGCAGCACUAAGUAUUUUUCUCAUUGUAAUCACAUUUCCAUUUUCACUUGUCUACUGUAUCCGUAUUGUUGCAGAAUAUGAACGUGCUGUUGUUCUGCGUAUGGGUAACUUAAUACCUAAGGGUAAAGGCACUAAAGGUCCUGGAUUAUUUUUUAUUCUACCUUGCAUUGACAGCGUGCGGAAAGUGGAUUUACGUACAGUAACAUUUGCAAUACCACCUCAAGAAUUAUUGACACGUGAUUCUGUCACCGUUUCUGUUGAUGCAGUUGUUUACUAUCGUGUACUGAAUCCAGUGGCAUCCGUAUUGAAUAUUGAAGAUGCUGCGCGAUCCACUAGAUUACUAGCACAAACAACUAUACGUAAUGUUUUAGGAACCAAAGAUUUGGCACAAAUUCUUAUGGAUAGAGAAGAAAUAUCCGCAGCAAUGCAGUCGAGUCUGGACGCAACAACUGAUGCAUGGGGAGUCAAAGUGGAAAGAAUUGAAAUAAAAGACGUCCGACUACCCAUACAACUCCAACGCGCUAUGGCAGCCGAAGCUGAGGCAGCAAGAGAAGCUCGUGCCAAGGUAAUUGCUGCGAGAGGUGAGCAGGAGGCAGCCAGGUCACUGAAAGAAGCUGCUAAAGUCAUAUCUACUUCACCCAUGGCAUUCCAAUUAAGAUAUUUACAGACUUUGUGUGCAAUUUCAGCUGAAAAGAAAUCAACCAUUUUCUUCCCGGUACCAAUUGAUAUUAUGCAGAAUUUGAGCAGUGUUUCUGGACCAACGUUGGGACAAUUAUUUGACAUGAAGAAUCAGAAAGUAGAGAAAAAGCCUUUAUUGGGUAAACCACAAAUUUCUAAACGUAGUGAACUGAAGUCUCGUGAUUCUGUUGGAUCCCUCCCAAGUCAUUCAGCGUACGUCUGUAGUCAGAAUGAAGCCAAACAUGCCCAUCCACAUAUACCAUUCUCAGCACAACAUAUUGCCGAGCAGCCUUGGCCUCAAUCAUUUGAUAUGGAUCAGGAAGUUCAAGAGUCCAACUGGGCAAACGACAACGGGGAUACGCAUAGCGAUACAGUGUGAUAUAACUUACAGUAUCCAAGAUGAUAAACUAGUAAUUUCACACUUAACUAAUGAUCAUAAACAUCCUGAUCAAACCUAAUUUCGCGAACGAUGAACAUAUAUUUAUACAAAUAUGCACACCAUUCUCAUAAUUGUGUGUUCUUUCCGUCUCGAGAAUUGGUUAUUUAGAUAUUUUUAUGAAUACAUUUAUUGACAAUCUAUUUAAAAUAACACUUGUGAAAAGAAAUAAAUAUGAUAAUAUAAAAU